AUGCCUAAACUUGCAGCUAAAGUUGAAGGUACAGGUAAUGGUAUUAAAACUGUUUUGGUCAAUGUAACUGCAAUAGCUAAAGCUCUCAAUCGCCCACCAACUUAUGUAACCAAAUUUUUCGGUUGUGAAUUAGGUGCACAAGUACAAAUGAAUGCCAAAGAAGAUCGAUAUAUUGUUAAUGGAGCACAUGAUUGUGAAAAAUUACAAAAUUUACUUGAUGGUUUUAUUAAACGAUUUGUACUUUGUCCAAAGUGUGACAAUCCCGAAACGAGACUAAGUGUUCGUAAACGAAACGGUGGUGAAAUAAAUCAAGUAUGUGCUGCAUGUGGCUACUCAGGUAUAAUUAUUAUGGCAUCACAUAAGUUGACAACAUACAUUGCAAAGAAUCCGCCAGAUGCUGAAGCCAAAGGUGAAACAGCACCAGAAAUAAAAACAAAAGAUCGUUCAAAAAGUAAGAAAAAUGCAAAUUCAGCAGGUGGUACUACUAGAGAUUCGGAUGAAGGAAGUCCAACUGAAUCCAAUGGAAAAACAAAUGGAACAUCAAAAAAUGGUGGUGGUGAUGAUGACGAUGAAGAUGAUGAAGAUUGGGGCGAUGACACAACUGCAGAUAUAGCUGAAUUAAAUCAUCAAAUUAAAGGCAUGAUUCAAACGGAUGAUCUUGAUAAACCAUUAGCUGAACGUUGUGAUCAAUAUGGUCGUCUUGUUGAAAAAAAGAAAACAGAUCAAAAACUAAAUGAUAUAGAAACAGUANGGGGCGAUGACACAACUGCAGAUAUAGCUGAAUUAAAUCAUCAAAUUAAAGGCAUGAUUCAAACGGAUGAUCUUGAUAAACCAUUAGCUGAACGUUGUGAUCAAUAUGGUCGUCUUGUUGAAAAAAAGAAAACAGAUCAAAAACUAAAUGAUAUAGAAACAGUAAGGGACCUUCUUGCUGAAGCCGAACGUUUAGAAAUCAUGGAACAAGCUCCGUUUAUUGUCGGACAAUGUGUUUUUACUGAAAAUAUCCUGAAAGAUAUUGAUGAUUAUAAACUUUUGUUCACCAAAUUAUGUACAAAAAAUGCCAAAGGGCAGAAAUAUUUGCUACAUGCCAUUGAAGCGUUGAUCGGUGAACAUGAAGAAAUUCGUAAAAAGAUCUUCAAUAAGAAAACGAUGUCAAAGAUUCUAUUGAAAUUUUACGACGAAGACAUUAUCGAAGAAGAUACAUUUUAUACAUGGCACGAAAAAGCUUCGAAACGCUUCACAGAUAAAAAUACAGCUAAAGAAAUUCGUGAAAUGGCCAACGAGUUCGUUCAAUGGUUACGUACAGCUGAAGAAUCGAGCGAUGAGGAAGAUGAUGAUGACGAUAAUAAAUUACCUGAACCACAAAUCAGUUUUACACAUACAGCUGGAAGUGGUAUUGAAGUUAAAGUAGAACCAGUUAAUAAGCCUCCUGUUGAAAACAAAAUUGAAUACAAUGGCGAAAUAAUUGAUGUCGACAAUAUCUAA